AUGGUUCGCGCUCCUCUCAACUCUGGCUUUGUCCUCACCGACGACCCCGCAACCCCUCGCACCGACGCUACCGUCUCGUUCCGGGACAUUAUCCCCAAGCCCGACCACCCGCGCAUUGCUGGCAUUGAGAGCCACUCUGCCCUCUCGUGGUGCCAGAGCAGGCGCGACGUUCCCGCCCCCGCAUGGCUCAUCAACAGGCUUGACGUGAAGAACAUCGAGAGGCCCUACAAGGGUUUCACGGCCGACGGCAACCCGGACCCCUCUGUGUACUCGUACGACGCGGACGAGGGUGCUCCCGUCGCUGCCGCCGUUGCUGCUACCGAGAAGCUCCUUGCUGCUCUCCCAGAGGACCUCAAGAAGGAGACCAUCAAGGGCGACGUGGCCAACGACGACGAGUUCCGUGCUUGGUCCAACCCCGAGCUCUACGUUAACCCUGGCGGUAUCCGUAUGGAGGAGACGACCGAGGAGAUCCGCCAGCUCGUGCACGGCGUUCUCAAGGCUUCGCUGUCCGAGGAGGGUUACAACAAGGCUCUCGGCUGCACCCUCACCAACCACUUCCUCGGCGAGCUCAUCAACGGCCUGACCGUUCUCAACAAGGACAGCUACAACUUCCGUCUCUUCCUCCCCACCGAGACCAGUGCUCCUUCCCUCACUGCUCCCUGGGGCUUCACCUUCUUUGGCCACCACCUCUGUCUCGCCGUCGUCUUUGUCGGUCCCCGCAUGGUCAUCGGUCCCACCUUUAUGGGCGCCGAGCCCGACCGUAUCGACGUCGGCCCCUACGAGGGUCUCCGCCUCUUCUCGCAGGAGGAGAUCCGCAGUCUCAACCUCAUGCGCGACCUGUCGCCCGAGAACCAGAAGCUCGCCCAGAUCAACGAGGGCAUGACCUGCGACGAGGGACUCGCCGAGGACAGGUGGAACCCCUUUGACGAGCGCCACCUCGGCGGCGCGCACCAGGACAACCGUAUCGUCCCGUACGAGGGCUGCCCCAUCUCCAAGUUUACCGACAGCCAGAAGGAGGAGGUCUACGCCAUCAUCCGCGCUUUUAACACGUACCUCCCCACCGGACCCCUCGAGGCUCGCAUGAAGCUCAUCCGCGCAAACGAGGACAAGACCUACUUUGCCUGGAUCGGCAAGUUUGGUCUCGGCGACCCCUACUACUUCCGUAUCCACUCGCCCGUUACGUUUUGCGAGUUUGACUUUCACUGCGGAAUUUUCCUCACGAACACUUCGCCCGCCAAGUGCCACAUUCACACUGUCAACCGCCUGCCCAACCAGGGCGACUACGGCAAGGCCCUCAUUGCCCUGUCGCGCAAGUAG